AGCGCGGGCAGAAGGGCGGCAGGAGGAGGGACAGAGCCGCCUCGCCGGGGGUUUGCCCAGCUGCUCGCGAUGGGACGCGGCCCCGCCUGAGCACCUGCCGGCAGCGCCUCGCCCCCCUCGUCCUUCGACGCCGCCAUGGAGAGCCCCGCGGGCGGCAGCGCGGCCGCGGAGCCGGCGCCCCCGGGCGCGGAGCCGGAGCUGGCGGCCGGGGGCCCGGCGGAGGCGGAGGCGGCGGAGACGGGCUCGGCAGCCCCGGGCCCGGCAGCCCCGCGGCCGCGCUGCCUGCGGGCCGUGUACGUGCUGAACGACCCGCCCAAGGCGGGCGCCGGGGCGCGCAGCCCCGAGGCCGGGGCGCGGCAGUGCCUGCUGCGGGCCUGCGAGGCCGAGGGAGCCCAGCUCAGCACCGUCAACUUCGGCGAGCUGGACUUCGGCGAGACGGCGGUGCUGGACGCCUUCUACGACGCGGAUGUUGCAGUUGUGGACAUGAGUGAUAUUUCCAAGCAGCCAUCACUGUUCUACCACCUUGGCGUGCGUGAAAGCUUUGACAUGGCCAAUAAUGUAAUUCUUUACCAUGACACUGAUGCUGACACUGCUCAGUCUCUAAAAGAUAUGGUAUCUCAGAAAAACACAGCUUCAAGUGGCAAUUAUUAUUUUAUUCCAUACAUUGUCACACCUUGUGCUGACUACUUUUGCUGUGAAAGUGAUGCCCAACGAAGAGCCUCUGAGUACAUGCAGCCCAGCUGGGACAAUAUCCUGGGGCCAUUUUGUGUCCCACUGGUGGACAAGUUUCUCAGCCUUCUCAAGGAUGUCCAUGUUACAUCAUGUGCCUAUUAUAAAGAAACACUGCUAAAUGACAUUAGAAAGGCUAGAGAGAAAUACCAAGGAGAUGAACUGGCUAAGGAGCUGGCCAGGAUUAAGCUUCGUAUGGAUAACACUGAGGUGCUGACUUCUGACAUUGUCAUAAACCUGCUUCUUUCUUACAGAGAUAUUCAGGACUAUGAUGCUAUGGUGAAGCUGGUAGAAACUCUAGAAAUGCUUCCUACCUGUGAUCUGGCUGAUCAACACAACAUUAAGUUUCAUUAUGCUUUUGCUUUGAAUCGAAGAAAUAAUGCAGGUGACAGAGAGAAGGCACUACAGGUUAUGCUUCAAGUCCUGCAGACGUGUGAUCACCCUGCUCCAGACAUGUUUUGCUUAUGUGGGAGGAUCUACAAGGAUAUGUUUCUUGAUUCUGACUGUAAAGAUACCAAUAGUCGAGAUCAUUCCAUUGAAUGGUAUCGCAAAGGAUUUGAGCUCCAGCCAACUCUGUAUUCUGGAAUUAACCUUGCAGUUUUGCUGCUUGUUGCAGGACAACAGUUUGAAAGCUCAAUGGAAUUGAGAAAAAUAGGUGUACGGUUAAACAGUUUAUUGGGAAGAAAAGGAAGCCUAGAAAAAAUGAACAAUUACUGGGAUGUGGGACAAUUCUUCAGUGUGAGCAUGCUGGCUAAUGAUGUUGGUAAAGCAGUACAAGCAGCAGAGAAGCUUUUUAAGCUGAAACCUCCAGUGUGGUACUUGAAAUCAUUAGUUCAAAAUCUGAUGUUAAUUCAGCGUUUCAAGAAACUCACCAUAGAACAUUCUCCUAAACAAGAAAGAUUGACUUUCUGGCUAGAUAUCAUUUUUGAGGCAACAAAAGAAACAACUAAUGGACUGAGAUUUCCAGUUUUGGUGAUAGAACCAACUAAAGUCUACCAGCCUGCCUAUGUUUCAAUCAACAGUGAAGCAGAUGAGAGCUCUCUGUCUUUGUGGCAUGUCUCUCCCCCUGAAAUGAAACAGAUUCAUGAAUGGAAUUUUACAUCUUCUUCCAUUAGGGGAAUAAGCAUUUCCAAGUUUGAUGAACGAUGUUGUUUUCUCUAUGUCCAUGAUAACUAUGAUGACUUUCAAAUCUACUUUUCUACAGAAAACCAGUGUAGUAGAUUCUGUGGUUUGGUGAAAGAAAUUUUGUCUGAUGCAGUAGGCAGUGCUUUGGAACUAGAAGGAGAAAUAGAUGGAGACACAUUAGAGUACGAAUAUGAUUAUGAUGAAAAUGGUGACAGGGUAGUUCUAGGGAAAGGGACUUAUGGAAUAGUUUAUGCUGGAAGAGACCUUAGCAACCAGGUCCGAAUAGCCAUCAAAGAAAUACCUGAGAGAGACAGCAGGUAUUCUCAACCUCUUCAUGAAGAAAUAGCACUGCACAAAUAUUUAAAGCAUCGGAACAUUGUCCAGUAUCUUGGAUCUGUUUCAGAAAAUGGAUACAUUAAGAUUUUUAUGGAGCAGGUGCCAGGAGGCAGCCUCUCAGCUCUCUUAAGGUCUAAGUGGGGCCCAAUGAAAGAUCCUACAAUUAAAUUUUACACCAAGCAGAUUCUGGAAGGUCUCAAGUAUCUCCAUGAGAACCAGAUUGUACACAGAGAUAUAAAGGGAGACAAUGUUCUGGUGAACACCUACAGUGGCGUGGUUAAGAUAUCAGAUUUUGGUACUUCCAAACGGCUGGCAGGAAUCAACCCAUGCACUGAAACAUUUACAGGAACCUUGCAGUACAUGGCUCCAGAAAUCAUCGAUAAAGGACCGCGAGGAUAUGGUGCUCCCGCUGACAUCUGGUCCCUGGGCUGUACCAUUAUUGAGAUGGCAACAGGCAAACCUCCAUUCCAUGAACUGGGGGAGCCUCAAGCUGCAAUGUUCAAGGUUGGGAUGUUUAAGAUCCAUCCUGAAAUUCCAGAAUCAGUGUCUGCUGAAACAAAGGCCUUUAUUUUGCUCUGUUUUGAACCUGAUCCUAGUAAACGUGUUACAGCAUCUAAUCUGCUCAGAGAUUCUUUCCUGAAGCAAGUGAACAAGGGCAAGAAAAGCAAAAUUGCAUUCAAGCCUUCAGAUUAUAAUCGGAACACAUCCCUCCCACUGCCAGUCCAUGGGGAGCAGGCUGGCAGCAGCAGCAGUGAGCACGGCUCUGUUUCACCAGACUCUGAUGUACAGCAGGACGUGUUUUUCGAAAGGCCAAAGAGAUCCAUUUCAGAGAUUCAGACAAAGCAUCCCAUUUCUCAUUUACUAAGUGUCCCUGACGAGGGCUCGGCCUCGGAGGACAGGAGCGCCUCGCUGUCCGUGGAGGACAAGGAUUCGGGGCUGUUCUUGCUGCGCAAGGACAGCGAGCGCCGAGCAAUCCUCUAUAAAAUCCUUAAGGAAGAGCAGGAUAAAGUUGCCUCCAAUUUGCAGGAGUGUAUUGCACAGAGCUCUGAAGAACUGCAACUUUCAGUGGACCACAUCAAGCAGAUUAUUGGGAUUUUAAGGGACUUCAUACACUCUCCUGAGCAGAGAGUGAUGGCUUCUACAAUAUCCAAAUUGAAAAUGGAUUUGGAUUUUGACAGCACUUCCAUCAAUCAGAUUCAUCUGGUGCUGUUUGGAUUCCAGGAUGCGGUGAACAAAGUAUUAAGAAAUCACUUAAUAAGACCCCAUUGGAUGUUUGCAAUGGAUAACAUCAUCCGCCGUGCAGUCCAAGCAGCAGUCACUAUUCUUAUUCCAGAGCUUCGCACUCACUUUGAGCCGGUGUCAGAAACCGAAGGUGGGGACAAGGACACUGAUGAAGCAGAGGAGAGUUUCCAGCGCUCCGAACAGAACGGGGCGGAGGACGCUGCCAUCACCUCGGGGGUCAGCACCCUCAGCUCUGUGGUGUCACACGAGGCUCAGCAGCAGCUCAGCCAGGAGCUGGGCAGACUGAAACACGACACCUUAAGGCUUUUGGAAAACCUCGUUCAGAAGGAGAAAGAGUAUCAGACCCUCCUUCGACAAUCUUUGGAGCAGAAGACUCAGGAAUUACACUGGCUUCAAUUAAAACUUAAACCCAAAGAUUCCCAGUGCUCUGCAGCAACUUUUAGGCAGAAUGUAGACCCUGAGCUCAUGAACUGGCUGAAACAACAAGGAGCAGACUUAGACACCAUUAAGAGGUUUGCUGAAGAAGAUUACACACUAAGUGCUGUCCUUAAUGACAUCACCAAAGAUGACUUGUGGUAUCUUCAGCUGCGGGGAGGCCUUCGCUGCAGAAUCUGGAACGCAAUCCUAAACCACCGACACGCGUCUGGCAAGACCUCAGCGCAGGUCAGUGCCUUGGAGGAGCACAGCAUGGGAAAAAGCAAAUGAAAUACAUUCCCAGCACUUCAAUUAUUAGAUGUAUAUAUUUAUAUGUACAGUGGCUUGCAGGUUUUGCACAGUUAUGGAGCUUGUUUGACCAUCAGUGCCAUACACAGUGGAUAGUAACAGCUUCAAAGUCAGAGUCAAUGCAUAGAAGUUAUUUAUGACAAGACUAAUGCAUACAGUGCCUGUCAGUGUAAUACAAAACAUCAGCUGAGGAAACACCCACCUGAACUGGCUUCAGCAUUGUGAAAACUGUGAACUUCAAAUGGAUUCCCAUUCUGUUGGCUGACAGUUUGAGCAGGGAGAGGAUGUGCUAGAGCAUGUCACCUCGCUGUAGAUGGAUUUAUACAGCUUUUUGUAUUAAAGCUACUCUCACUG